AUGGACAAGGCUGCACAAAGACAAAAAUUCAUCGGCGAGUUCGACAACUUGGUUGCCGAGUUGCAACAGGUUGCCCGCGACUACAAAAUGCCCCAGGAGGCUGUGGACUGGCUCACCAAGAACUUGAACUACAACACUCCUGGGGGAAAGUUGAACCGUGGUUUGUCUGUCAUCGACACUUACUGCAUUCUCAAAAACAAGACCGUUGACUCGUUGAGCGAUGCUGAAUACCGCAAAGUGGCCCUUUUGGGUUGGUCCAUUGAGUUGUUGCAGGCAUACUUCUUGGUCGCCGACGACAUCAUGGAUCAGUCGAAGACCAGAAGAGGUCAGCCAUGUUGGUACCUCGCCGAGGGCGUUGGAAACAUUGCCAUCAACGAUUCGUUCAUGUUGGAGGGUGCCAUCUACAUCUUGUUGAAGAAGCACUUCCGCCAAGAACCAUACUACGUGGACUUGUUGGACUUGUUCCACGAGGUGACUUUCCAGACCGAGUUGGGCCAAUUGAUGGACUUGGUCACUGCUGAUGAGGAGCACGUCGACUUGGACAAGUUCUCGUUGCAGAAGCACUCGUUCAUUGUCAUCUUCAAGACCGCUUACUACUCGUUCUACUUGCCUGUGGCUUUGGCCAUGUACAUGUGCGGCAUCAACUCCGAGGAGGAUUUGAAGCAGGUUCGUGACAUUUUGAUUCCUUUGGGUGAGUACUUCCAGAUCCAAGACGACUACUUGGACUGUUUCGGUACCCCUGAGCAAAUCGGCAAGAUCGGUACCGACAUCAAGGACAACAAGUGCUCUUGGGUGGUCAACCAAGCCUUGUUGAAGGUCAACGCCGAGCAAAGAAAGCUUUUGGACGAGAACUACGGUAAAAAGGACGACGAGUCUGAGCAGAGAGUCAAGAAGUUGUUCGCCGAGUUGGACAUCCCAACCAUCUACGAGCAAUACGAAAACAAGGUUGUGGGUGAAUUGAGAGAAAAAAUCGAGCAAGUGGAUGAGUCUCGCGGCCUCAAAAAGGAUGUCUUGUCCGCAUUCUUGGCCAAGAUCUACAAGCGUUCUAAGUAG